UUGUAGUUCCUUACGCCAAUAUCUUGCCCCACUUAAAUAACCUCCAGUGCAGCAGGUUGUCAGUCCACAUUGCGUCCAUCUUUGCGCCCUUUCCUAAUUGCAGACAUUUGAUAAAGUAUAAUAUAGCGCUUCAAAGCUUCCGGUCAAGAGCGAGCGGAGCUUUGCCAAGGGUGCAGCGGAGAUCGUAAGCCGCCUUGGGCCGUGGACUGUGCGUCCAGUCAAGGCCUGCCACGGACUCACGGCCCUUAAGGCAGCAUGGCCACAAGUCAGAAGGGUAUUGGCAUCCCUGUCAAGCUCCUUCACGAGGCUGAAGGCCAUGUGGUUACUGUGGAGCUGAAGUCGGGGGAAAUGUAUCGCGGGGAGCUGUUUGAGGCCGAGGAUAACAUGAACGUCCAGCUUAAGGACGUCACCGCUACGGGACGCGACGGCCGAGUAUCUCAGCUGGCGCACAUCUUCAUUCGGGGCAGCCGUGUGCGGUUCUUCAUCAUUCCGGACAUGCUAAAGAACGCUCCAAUGUUCAAGCGCAUUGAUCCGAAAUUCAAGAACAAAAACAUGGCGCUUGGAGUGGGAGGGCGUGGGCGAGCCGCCGCUGUGCGCGCUGCUGCGAAAGCUAAGACGGGGCCAAGCGGGCGGGGCCGGGGCUAAGAUGCAAGAGAACUUCUGUCUUGGACUGACUGUGUUGCCUUGCCGCUCGGAAAUGGUAUUAUUGGGGCACGGUAUGCUCGUGCGCAAGGAAUGGCGGGUUUUGUGCCACCAGCUCGAAAUGGCCCCAGCCAUUUGGAUUGCUGCAACGUCACUUUGCAUUUGACAGGAGGGCUAAUGGCAGAUGCGCGUUGCACUUCAGAUGCGUUGAUGUGACACGCGUGUUGCCGCAUCCGCGAUGUUCAAAUCCUGGGAGAAAGCAUAGCGUCUGCCUGGUGUGGACUUGGGUGGCCAAGUUUGUCAGUUGCCCUCUCGUGUUUCGGAUUCUUGGAAAUCCGUGGGACGUCGGUUGGGAUCAACUGUCUUGGCCUCUGCGUGGGACUUGGGAAUGCCUACGAUUUGUGGGUCUAUUUCGGACAUCUACGGGUGUAGCUAUACUCUGUGGACCUCUCCUUUGGCGCUGUAAAUAGUUUCGGUUCGUUCGCUUUAUGUUUUUUACCCGCAUCGCAGUAUGCAACGUGAGUCCAAAAUAUACGACGUGGAUUCCUUUCAUUCUCGCGUAGCUGGUGAAUCAUAACACAAUUGUCUGGAGGGUGUCACUAGCAGGUUUAUGGCGGGCGAGUUCGCCUGUAGUCUCCUGGACAGGUCUGGACAACAGGUUUUUGCAGAGUCCACAUCAAUUCCAUGUAAGCAAGGGCCCCGU